CGCACACAGCGUCGGCCAGUCUGCAAUGUCAUCUCGUAUUAUCAUUUCCGAAUGCCUUUAGCGCCUUUUACUCGUGCAUCCCCCCGAUAUUAUAAAAGAGGCGGAUAAGCGCCGCGCGCCCGCAGUCCGAUCCGCGCUACCGAGCGAGCAACGCGCUCCUGUAAUGCAAAACUAGUGUCCCCACGCGAUCAUACAUGGAGGGGAGCGCCCCGCCGUCACCGGCCGCCAGUCAGGGCGCGCCCGAGCCCGACGAAGGCAUCGCCACCGACCGCCGCCCGUCCACCGACGAACAUGCCGACUUCUCCGAUACCGCCUCCGAGGCGGGCUCCGGCGGCGGCAAAGACUCGGGAUGUGAGGUGGCGCCCGAUACCAACGAACCGCCCUACACGCCGCCCGACGACGAGCUCGCCAACAGGAUCGUCUCGCAGGUCGAGUUCUACUUCUCCGACGCCAACAUUACUAAGGAUGCUUUCCUGCUCAAACACGUCCGCCGCAACAAGGAGGGGUACGUCUCCCUCAAAUUGAUAUCGAGCUUCAAACGAGUCAAGCAUCUCACCAAGGACUGGAGGGUUGUAGCAGAGGCGCUCAAGAGAUCCACCAAGCUGGAGAUAAACGAACUGGGAACGAAGCUUCGCAGGAUAGAUCCGCUCCCGGCUUACGACGAGACGACACCGUCCAGGACCGUGGUGGCGGUGCGGAUGCCGAUCGAAAGGCCGUCGGUGGAGAAUGUGUCAAGGCUGUUCGCGGGCUGCGGCGAGAUCGCCCUGGUGCGAGUGUUGCGGCCCGGCAACCCGGUGCCCGCGGAUGUGCGCCAAUUCCUCAACAAGAACCCGAGUUUGGUUAACUGUGUGUGUGCCUUAGUUGAGUUUACGGAAUCGGAGGCCGCGCGGGAGGCGCUCAGGCUGCAAAGCCCGGACGAGGAAGGUAUGCGGGUGUACGAACUGAACGGAGUACCGCGCGAGCCCAAGAGGAAGGCGCCGGUCCGCCGGACGCCUCAGCGGCGUCACGAGUGUGAAUACUCCUCAUGUUGCAGCGGCUCCGAGCCUGAAUACGAUUUCAGAUAUGGAACACCAUUCUACAGAAGAAAUUCCAGCGGGUUCUUCGCACCGCGAUCGCCAGAAAUACAGACAUGGGUACCGCGGCGCCAGUCCACCUGCAGCCACAGCUCGGACUCGGGCGUGUCGUUCUACUGCAACUCGAGGAGAGCGUCGCAAGCUAGCACGGGCAGCGCCAGCAGCGCGGAGGGCUGGCUGGCGCGGCGGCUGUCCGGGUGCUCGCUUUCGGGAACGGAGUGCGGUGGACGGCGGCUGUCGUGCGCGCCGCGGUUCGAGCCGCGCACGCCGCUGGUGCCCGACGGUACGAGGGGCUUCCACGCCGCCGCGCGCCAGCGGAGAAUCUCGGACCUCGCGUUGUAUUCGCGCUAGAAAGCGCCCGCCAACCGUGACACCUUUCUAAUCACGUUGGAUAACUGCCUUUCACGUUCUGCCCGCGUAGUUUUUUAAUCUAUUUGGUACGAGGAAACGACGUGGUAUAGUUUCGAUCGCGUGUGUGUCGUUGGACAGUGCGAAUGUUUAGUUUUCCUCGUGACAGAAGUGAAGCGCGGUUACCGACCGUCGAUGCCGAGUUACCUUCACCUCUCCGUUUUUGUACAUGUUGACGUAUGUGAUUGUUAAGAUUAGUGUAGGUUGUUAACUGUAAGUUUAGCAUUAAGCCGUGAGACGACAGGUCGCUGUGUUAGAAGUUAAUUUAUAAUCAUGUUUAAAUGUAAUUUAUUAGAUUAAUUUAUUGUGUACUUCGCGUAUUUAUUGCGUGAAUGCGCGCGCGCGUCGCGGUCGAGUUUUCAUCCGAGUUAUGUCAGAGUUGUUAGCACAAAACCGACAUACAAAGUCGACAUUGAGCGCGAUUGUAGACUCUAGAAGCGUCUGGCGCGCCUGGCGUCUGUGGCGACGUCUCGCGCCAGAUGAUCGCGUCGAUAACUUACGGCGGAGCAGCAGCGCGGCAUGCGGCAUGACGCUGUGGCGGUGUUCGAGCACACUGCACACGUUGCGUAACUUGUUGCACUGUUCACGUGUGCACGGAGCACCAGCCGACAGAUUUCCUGCAAAAGUAAAAGGCCGCUCUGCGACUCUGCCUCGACUGUGAUAGCCGCGGCGCGUUGGCGGUACUAACAGAUUUUACAUUUUUUAUACGUCUAAACUCAUUAAGUCAUUAAUAUAAUUUAAGUCAGUCGCGCCAUUUCAUGUAAUUCAUUCAUGUUAAGUGUUGUUCGGUAGGGUACUGUCUGAUUGUGGGCCGGCCGCGUCCGGUUUGCGUAACUAUACUUUCGUCGCACUCGUGCGAUACAUAUUUUUAUUUAUUUCCUUUAAGAGACGAUUGUUACGCCAUUUUAUGCUUUGCAACGGCACAAUUAAUUUGCUUAUGUUUUUGUAUGAAGCGACAACAACUGUCGUUGAUGUGAUUAUUUUAAUAUAAUUAUAAGUUUUGGAGAAA